AUGGCAACCACGAAUGCAGAGGCGGAAGCUCUGAUCCCACAGUUCAAGCUGGACAAGUUCCUCAAUCAAGGCUCCAUCCAAAACAAGCCGGCGCUUCUCAUCGCUGAGCGGGCGGCAUUCUCAGUCGAGCCUGCCCACCUGGAGAGCUUCACAUCGUCACUGGCGAACAUCAAGAACCUUGGAGCCAAUGACAUCUACUUUUGGUUCCUUGCAGCCACGGCGGCGGAUUCCCAAAAUUCCACCCAGCCACCUGACCUCAAGCUGAAUCUGAUUUGGCCUUGCAGCGAGAAACACAUCAAGAAGUACUCGCAGCAAGGGGUUCGCAUGGUGACCGAAACGCCGGAAAUCUACAGGGAUCAUGUGCGUCCUUACAUGCAAAAGCAGCGGGAAGAAGGAAGGCUCAACUGGGUGUUCAACAUCAUCGAGGGACGCACUGAGCAAGAGGAUGUCUUUUUUCGCGAGCACGGAGAAGAGGGGUUCCUCGUGUUGCCGGACCUCAAUUGGGACCGCAAGACCAUGGCCAGCCUCCACCUGCUUGGCCUUGUAGAGCGUCGCGACAUUUGGUCUGUGAGAGACCUCAACAAAACGCACAUUACAUGGCUCAAGCACAUGCGCGCAAAGCUGCUAGAUGCGACAGUGAAAUUAUAUCCUGAGUUGGAAAGGGACCAGCUCAAACUCUACAUCCACUAUCAACCAACCUACUAUCACUUCCAUGUUCACAUAGUGCACGUGGCUCUCGAGGCCGGUGCAACCCAGGCCACAGGAAAAGCUUUGGGACUGGAGAACAUCAUCAGCCAGCUCGAGCACGUGGCUGGCGCAGACGAGACGGCGGGCAUGGCGGACAUGUCGUUGACCUACACCGUGGGCGAAGCUAGCGAGCUGUGGACCGAGAUCUUCGAGCCACUGAGAGGUAGCGGAGCCUCGUAA